AUGCGCUUCACUCUCACCACCGCUUCGGUUCUCUCCCUCCUGGCUCUGGCCACGGCUCGCGUCAUCAGGCGGGAUAUCCCCACCAUCAUCCAGGAUCUGACUCAGAUCAACACCGACAUUGGUUCUCUGAGUGCUGCCGUCUACAGCUACUCCGGAGGCUUGCCCGCAGCCCUCGAGAUUCAGACUCAGGAGGCCGCCGUCGAGCGGUCCCUCGACCAGGCCUCUGCCGACGUCAACGGCACUGCGGUCUUCACGGCCUCGGAGAGUAGCCGGGUGACUGAGGCUCUGACCCAGUUGGAGCCGGUCAUGCGCAGUUCCAUCGCAGCUUUGGUCCUGAAGCGGAAUCUCUUCAUCACCGCCGGCGUGGGAAGCACCAUCCGCACCAAUCUCCAUGCGCUUCGGGUCAAGACCGAUGGUCUGUCCGUGGCCCUGCAAGCUAAGGCGGCCGGAGCCGACAAGGAAACCAUCCGGCAGGGAACCGGUGAUGUUGAUGAUGCGUACGACAACGCCAUCGAUGCCUAUGAUAUGCAAAUGUAG